UCUUUAAUAAAAACUCAUAGCUAGGGUUUACUAUUUUCCUUUGCAGAACGAAGCGAUUAACUUGGAGCAGCAGCAACCAUGGUGGAGAACAAACCAAGGAAGGAAGAGGUUGUCUCCAGAGAGUACACCAUCAAUCUGCACAAACGUCUCCACGGAUGUACCUUCAAGAAGAAGGCACCAAAUGCUAUCAAGGAAAUCAGGAAGUUUGCCCAGAAGGCAAUGGGAACAAAUGAUGUAAGGGUUGAUGUCAAGUUGAACAAGCACAUAUGGAGCCGUGGAAUCCGGAGCGUGCCAAGAAGGAUCCGCGUUCGCAUUGCACGCAAGAGAAAUGACGAUGAAGAUGCCAAGGAAGAGCUCUACUCGUUGGUCACUGUUGCAGAAAUUCCAGAGGGAGGAUUGAAGGGAUUGGGAACCCAAGUUAUUGAAGAGGAAGAGUGAAAGUUGAAAUUUUCUUUUCAUUGUUUUUAUUAACUUCAGUUUUGCACACUGUGUUGUAAAUUCAGAACAAGAGAUAUUAUGCAAUUAGAUAAUGGAUUUUCUGUCUUUUUCA